ACGAGUAACAUGAAUAACAUGAUUUUAAUGGGGAAGAGAGAACAUAUUUUUUUUGGGCGACCAUACCAAAAAAAAACAAGAAGUGGUCACUUAUUUUAAUGAUGUAGGUUUCAGUCGUGGGGUAUACUUAACUGCUUUUGUCAGUGCAAAUUUGGACUUUUCUGUUUCCAGUCUCAGUGCAGGAUACUAAAGAGUAAACUCAAUUUUAUCCAAACAAACAGUCUGAUUACAUUUGCACAAUGAAUGCAAUUAAUGUACUCAGACUUGGGGGAUAACUGAAGCCCAACACUGGAAAAUGAAGAUAAAGUGCACUGCAUUGGACCCCUGCUGCACCUCCUAAGUUGGCCUGUCCUGCAGGGCAACUACAGAGAAGACGAGAAGAGCAGGGUGUGUUAGCCUGAGCCGGAAACCAGCCAGGAGUUGCACACCUGAAUGGCCAUGGCGGUCUUCCGCUCCCUGAGCUCUGCCAGCUCCUGCCAGGAGACGUACUCCUGGACUAACGGCAACGUCAUCCUGCAGCACUACAACUACACGGGCCGGCUGGCGCGGAGGCGGAGCGAGGACGGGGGCAUCAGCGGGGUGAAGAUCGGCUUCACCUUCAUCAGCACCUGCAUCGUCCUGGAGAACCUGGUGGUGCUCCUGGCCAUCCUGUUCCACAUCCGCUUCCGCAGCUGGGUGUACAUCUGCAUCGUGAACAUCACCCUGAGCGACCUGCUGGCGGGCAUCGCCUACGUGGUCAACCUGUGCCUCUCCGGGAACAUGACCUUCCAGCUGACCCCCAGCCUGUGGCUCUUCCGGGAAGGCGUGCUGUUCGUGGCCCUGGCAGCCUCCAUCUUCAGCCUGCUGCUGACUGCCGUGGAGCGCUACGCCACCAUGAUGAAGCCCCUGACUUACAAGACCAAACGGAAGACCUACCGCGUCUACGCCUUCGUGCUGCUCUGCUGGGUGGCCGCCUUCGUCAUCGGCUUCCUGCCCCUCCUGGGCUGGAACUGCCUGUGCCAGUUGGACAACUGCUCCACCCUCCUCCCCCUCUCCUCCAAGAGCUACAUCCUGUUCUCCGUGGUCAUGUUCAGCCUCAUCCUCAUCGGCAUCUGCUUCCUCUACAUCUCCAUCUACUGGCGCGUGAAGACCAGCACUGAGAAGACCUCCACGCGCAGCCGGCUGAAAUCCAUCCGGCUCCUCAAGACCGUCAUCCUGAUCAUGGGGGCCUUCAUCGUCUGCUGGAGCCCCCUCUUCAUCCUCCUGCUCAUGGAUUUCUUCUGCGAGUCCCACCAGUGCGACGCCCUCUACAGCAUGGACUGGCCCAUCGCCAUGGCCGUCCUCAACUCGGCCAUCAACCCCAUCAUCUACUCCUUCGGCAGCACGGAGGUGCGCAGGGCCGUUGUGAGCCUCCUGUGCUGCUGCUGCUUCAGGACCGGCCUGCUGGACCCCAACUCCAUCCUCUCCAAAGACACGGGGAACUCUUCCGAGAGCUCCCAUCGGCACAACAGCUUCCGCAACAGUUUCCGGAACAGAAUAGGGAGCACGAGCCCCACGCCCAGCAGCAAGCCCAAGAAGAUCCGGCUCAGCUCCACGACCUCUUGUCUGUCUGUGUCGAGUGCCUAGACAGCCAAGACAGAGGUGUCAUGGAAAUAGUGUGGUGUUGUUUCAUCCCACCAAGAUACGUGAGACUCUUGGUACUUGUGUGAAGUGUGUGGAUAUCAGUUAAAGAUAUUACAUUUGAUUAAACAUGAACUGACACUGUAUAUAAUGCAAAUCCCAAGCCAAUAGAGAUGUUCUCUGCUUAACAUUGCCCUAGGAAUGUUUUUAAGGUACGACCCAUCCCUUGAUUUAUGCUAGAAAAAGCAGAGGAAUGUCUUUUAAUCCUUUUUAGGAUUCAUAAGGUUGAGUGAAACAAUGCAAUGAUACUUAAUAAAAAAACUGACCUGUAGCUCCACCAGUUGAGGAGGUAACUCAUAGCUCAGGCUGGGACAUGUGAUCAUGGUGUCACGGGUUUGAGUCUCAGCUGCAUCACAGGCUGGCUGUGAGCGGGAUUCCCCAAGCAGGGCGUGGGAUGUUGCUGGAGGAAGGGAUGGGAUUGGUUGUCGAGGGUUAGCCGGCUGUGUCUUGAAGGCUGUCCAUGGAAUUAGCUCCCACAGCUAGGAUUGGCUGCUUGCCCCCAGCUCUUGGGGGGACUGCAGUAGCGCCAGCCAGAGAUGUACCGCUAGUUCAAUCUCUGCUCACCCACCUGCACAGCUCCUGCGACGACACACUGGGAGGUGUCGGAGCACUCUCAGCUCUGCAGGUGGUCACAGCCAAGGCGCAUGCCAGCGUGUCUGUCCUCGGCAGUACAGAAACUGCAGGCGCAAUGCCAAGCCAGGGGAUCACAGCGGGUGACUCCAACUUGAGCACAAAAGAAACGAUAAUGGACAGUACCAAAUAUUCUUGAAUCAGGUCUGCGCUAAUAAGAGAUGGCUUAGACUGCAGCUUCGCCACCAAAGCAAUCCCUCUACCACCGAAGUACAUUUCAGGUGCCCUUUAAGGUGAUGAACACAGAUUGGAAUGGUCUGUCUUCCCAUCCAGGGUGUACCCUGCCUGGCGCCUGUUGCAUGCUGGGAUAGGCUCCAGCUCCCCCCGACCCUGAACCGCAUUAAGCAGCUAGAAAAUGUAAGAGUGGAUGCAAUACUAACCAAACUCACAGCCUUCCUGGAACUCCAAGAGCAGAACACUCUGGAAUGGCAGAAAGUCCUUGUGCAACCAGACAACUGAAACAUCCUGCUAAAUGCCAGGAAGUCAGUGCAAACAGAACCGGGUUUUAUGUAAACUUUCCUGCAAAAAAAAAAAGCACUUUCUUUUGAAAUCUCAAGGUUCUUUUUUUUCUAUAAAAAACUUUACCAAAAUAAAAUGUCACAGGCUUGACACAGAGAAAGCCUCUGACAACACACUGUACAGCUGUGUUACAAACAGGAAAACACGCAACGUGCAAAUAGGAUUUCAGAAGAGAAAACACUGGAGAUCAGGACUCGUUUCUUGGAAGAUAUACAGUGUGGUGUACUUGGUUAACAGAAUUGCACUGAAAAACAAAGGAAGUCAUAUUAGAAGAGAAAUUCCUGAUCAGUCUUACGCUUUGAUGACAUAUUCGUAUUUCAGAAACAGGCAAUAAUCACCAUUUCCUAAGACUGGUGCACAAUUAUGCUUGCACUCCUAACAACUAUGAAAUAAUGUCUCGGGUUUCUUUGUAAAUCUUGAGUAACUCCAGCUCAGAACUGUCAAAGAUUUGAAAUAAGAGUACAUGGGACACACAUUAAUCAGAAAUUAAUCAGAAAUGCAUACUUCUCGACCUGUGGACUAAAACUUUUGUGGACUUUUACAACAUGUACAAUGAUAUUUAUGACAUUUUUAAAAUGUAUCAUGUCCCAAAAAAAAAACAUUGAAUUAUAAAAACUGCUAUAAAAAAGUACUAUAAAAGUGCUUACAAUCUUUGACAUCCGUGUGCAAUUCAAUGUGCUGUAUGCAAAUGUAUUCUGUUUUUAGCAUCUGUAAUAUUUCAUACCCCUAUGUUAGCAUUAUAAGAAAGUAUUGUAGCAACUGAAUGUAUCAUUUUAUUAAUGUUUUUUUUUCAGAUGUUUCAAGAAUUAAAUUCUAUAAUUCUCAGAGCUUGUUGCAAAGUAGUUGUACUAAACUGAGUUACACUUUAAAAAUAAUAAACAAUAAAAUAAACUAUUUUGUG